CUCGCUGCGCUCUAUUCACUGCUGUCUGUCCACAAUAGUUUCGUUUCCAUCCCAGGUGUUCAUCUUAAAGAUAACGGGUGCCUCACAUUAUUUUAUUGUAUUUUAGUGUGCUCUUUUCCAUUCAGACAAGGGUGGCAUGUCCAUGUACAACAUAGUUGGUAAUCACCAAUCAGGUAACUUCAAGUUGAGACAGCAUCGUGAGUUUUGUAGGAGACGCGUAUCAUGUCUCGAACGGCACAUUGUGACAGUAGUUGAUGCGUUUGAUUUGCGCGACAUAAGUAAAUAGUGGGUUCUAGUCGGCAACCGGUCUUUAGGUUGCCAAGUGAUGAUACGUGACAGGCGGGCUGGUAAGGCUACAGUAUGCUACUUGUAAGGAUGUUGCGAGCUGUUGUCAAGUGUAAGAUGCUGCCAUUCAUCAACGUUGAAUGAUUCGCGCACAUUCAUGGGCGGAUCAGAAUUUCAAUGAAACACGAAAAAAAGACUCUCUUCAGGAGAAGCGACCCACCAUAUAGUCCAAUGAAUAACAGGAAGGAAGACAUGGAGAUCACUUCCCACUACCGGCAGCUCCUGCGCGAGCUGAACGAGCAGCGACAGCACGGCAUCCUGUGCGACGUGUGCGUCAUCGUGGAGGGCAAGAUCUUCAAGGCGCACAAGAACGUGCUGCUGGGCAGCAGCCGCUACUUCAAGACGCUCUACUGCCAGGUGAAGAAGGUGUCGGAGCAGCAGGCCACCAUCACGCACCUGGACAUCGUCACGGCCCAGGGCUUCAAGACCAUCCUGGACUUCAUGUACUCCGCCCACCUGGCGCUCACCAGCAAGAACGUCAUCGAGGUGAUGUCGGCCGCCAGCUACCUGCAGAUGACCGACAUCGUGCAGGCGUGCCACGGCUUCAUCAAGGCCGCGCUGGACAUCAGCAUCCGCUCCGAGCUGGCCGACGAGCUGGCCGAGUUCGAGAUGGCCGCCACCGUGGGCGGAGGAGGAGGAGGAGGAGGAGGAGGAGGAGGAGGGGGCGUGGUGGUGGUGCCGGGGGGCGGGGCGUCAGAGGCGCUGGCGUCCAUGAUCUCGGGCCGCAGCUCGUCGCCGUGGCUGGCUCGCCGCACCAGCCCCGCCAACUCGUCCGGCGACUCCGCCAUCGCCAGCUGCCACGAGGGCGGCAGCAACUACGGCAAGGAGGACCAGGAGCCCAAGAGCCACGAGAGCCAGGAGGACGCCUGCUCACAGCCCCUGUGGCCCGCCGACUUCCGCUCCAUCCAGGUGAAAGAGGAGCAGGUCUCCCCCUCGAGCUUACAGGACGGGCCUGGCGCGGGCGGGGGUGGAGGAGGAGGAGGAGGAGGAGGAGGAGGAAGAGGCGUCCAGAAUGCCACCGGGGAGCAGGCCAACGGGAGCGAGGGCAGCUGGCAGCCCUCCGGUGCCGGGCGUAGGAAGAACCGCAAGAACAAGGACACGGUGCGCCACAUCACCCAGCAGGCAGAGGGGGACAGCCGGGCGGCGUCGCCCCUGCCAUCCAUGCUCUCGGCGUCCGGCUGGAACUUCAGCAACCAGGACAUCACAGGGUCGGACAUGACGGAACCCAACAGCUCAGACAGUCGUGGCGAUCGGCUGGACUUCUUCGUGAAGCAGGAGGAUGGUCUGACGGGGGACGGGGGGGCCUUCCUGGGGCCCUCGCCAGGCUCCGAGAGGGAUGGGGCGGGUUCCAGGGCCGGCGGGGGCCGGCAGGGCGCUUCCGUGGCCAACCUGCGGGCGGCGCUGAUGAGCAAGAACAGCCUGCUGUCUCUGCGCUCGGAUCUUCUGUCCGAGGACAACCCGCUGCUGUUCGAGUACCUGCCAAAGGCAGGGGGCCAUUCACUGUCCCUGAAUGACUUCACGGUGAUCAGGAAGAAGUUCAAGUGCCCGUACUGCAGCUUCUCGGCCAUGCACCAGUGCAUCCUGAAGAGGCACAUGCGCUCGCACACGGGCGAGAGGCCCUACCCCUGCGAGAUCUGCGGCAAGAAGUUCACCCGCCGAGAGCACAUGAAGCGCCACACCCUGGUGCACAGUAAGGACAAGAAGUACGUGUGUAAGGUGUGCAGUCGUGUGUUCAUGUCGGCAGCCAGCGUGGGCAUCAAGCACGGCUCACGGCGGCACGGUGUGUGUGCCGACUGCUCGGGCCGCGGCAUGGGGGCGCUGCUGGACCCCGGCGUGGAUGGGGACGGCGACGGUGACGGCGACGGAUCACCAGAGCACGAGAUGUACGGCGCCGAUCCAGACCCGGAUGCAGACGAGGAGAUGCUGCUGGGAGAGGCGGAGGAGGAGGCUGAAGGAGGAGGAGGAGGAGGAGGAGGAAGAGGAGGAGGAGGAGGAGGAGGAGGAGGGGGGAAAUGGAGAGAGCACUCAGGAACGGAGGACAGGACCGACGGGAACGACAAGGAGGAGAGCGAUUCGGCACAGGAAGGCGACCCGAGACCCGGCCGUGACAAGGACUUCGCCUGGAUCUCCUAGUCUCCCCGGGUGACGGUCUCCCCGCGUCACGGGAGGUCACCUUAUUUUUUCCCCCGACGGUUGAAGAGGAGGGGGUGGGAGGGUGUGUGUCAGCUGUCUUUAAGCAACACCACCACCACUAACACAACAUGACGUGACAACAUUGUUCUUACACACCUGUUCCUCACUGAUAGGUCGGUGUCAGCUGGGGUCAGUUUGAGAUCACAGAGCCCGUACACACACACACACACACACACACACACACACACACACAUACACACAUGUGUGUGUAUAGUGUUGCGGGUGGAGAGAGGACUGUACAGCUGGCUGGGUUGGAGACGACACUCUUGAGUCUUCUGAUGACCAAUCGAGGGUUGAUUCGUUUAUUUUCCGCAUUUCUGUGUUGUUGUUUUUGUUUGUUUUCUGUUUAGUUUUGUAUAUUUUUUCGAGCAGGAGAGAUUUUUUCCACAGCCCCCACCCCCGCCGCUACUUCCCUGACAGCCAUCACCGUGGCGAUACAACACUUUUUGACGGGUCAUGAA